CACAGAUCAACAGGAGACCAACGGAGCGACGCAGCGCGUUCACGGUGUCGCGGAGAAUCAUGGAGCUCCGCGGCGUGCUCCUCCUCGCCGCGCUGCAGUGCUGCUCCGUGGCCCGUGGCGGCUGCGAGCCCCGGCUGGUGAACAUUGGCGCCGUGCUGAGUCAGAAGCGCUAUGAGCAGGUGUUCAAGGAGGCGGUGAGCCAGGCCAACGCGCUGUAUGGGAAGGACAAGUUCAGGCUCAACGCUAUCUCCGUCACGCACAAGCCCAACGCCAUCCAGAUGGCCCUGUCCGUCUGCGAGGACCUCAUCUCCAACCAAGUAUAUGCGAUCCUGGUCAGCCACCCCCCUCAGUCCAACGACCACCUGACUCCAACGCCAGUCUCCUACACCGCUGGGUUCUACCGGAUCCCCGUGCUCGGCCUUACAACGCGCAUGUCCAUCUACUCGGACAAGAGCAUCCACCUGUCCUUUCUGAGGACCGUGCCCCCGUACUCCCACCAGGCCCACGUCUGGUUCGACCUCAUGAGGGAGUUCAGAUGGAACCACAUCAUCCUCAUCGUGAGCGACGACCAUGAAGGACGAGCCGCUCAGAAGAGACUGGAGACACUGCUCGAGGAGCGGGAGACCAAGACUAAAAACAGGAACUAUGAAACCCUCGACCAACAGAUCUUUGACUUCAGGAGAACCCCCAAGGCGGAGAAGGUGCUGCUGUUCAGCCCGGACACCAACCUGACAGCUCUGCUGCUGGAGGCCAAAGACCUGGAGGCCCGAGUCAUCAUCCUCUCUGCCAGUGAGGAUGAAGCUGCCGCUGUGUACAAAGCGGCCCGGCAGCUCAACAUGACCGGCUCUGGCUACGUCUGGCUGGUCGGAGAGAGAGAGAUGACCGGCAAAGCUCUGAGUGAAGCCCCAGAUGGCCUGCUGGGCCUCCAGCUAAUUAACGGUAAGAACGAGUCGGCCCACAUCAUGGACGCCGUGGCCGUGGUGGCUCAGUCUCUGCAGGAGCUGUUUGAGAAGGAGAACAUCACAGAGCCUCCGCGGGGCUGCGUGGGCAACACCAAUAUCUGGAGGACGGGGCCACUCUUCAAGCGAGUGCUGAUGUCCUCCAAGUACCCAGACGGCCUUACUGGGCGGAUCGAGUUCAAUGAUGACGGCGACCGUCGUUUCGCCACCUACAGCAUCCUGAACUACCAGCAGAAGCCCGGUCGCCUGGUCCAGGUCGGGGUCUUCAACGGAUCUCAGGUUGUGAUGAACACUCAGAGGAAGAUCAUCUGGCCUGGAGGGGAGACAGAGAAACCAGUCGGAUACCAGAUGUCGACGAAACUAAAGAUCGUGACGAUCCAUCAGGAGCCGUUUGUUUAUGUGAAGCCAACAAAGACUGACGGGACGUGUAGAGAAGAAUUCACCGUGAACGGGGUCCUGAUCAAGAAGGUGAUCUGUACUGGACCCAACGGGACCACACCAGGUCAGCCCAUCGUCCCUCAGUGUUGCUAUGGUUUCUGCGUCGACCUACUCAUCAAGCUGGCCAUGAGCAUGAACUUCACCUACGAGGUUCACCUGGUGGCUGAUGGGAAGUUUGGCACACAGGAGCGCGUGAACAACAGCAACAAGAAGGAGUGGAACGGCAUGAUGGGGGAACUGCUGGGCGGCCUGGCCGACAUGAUCGUGGCUCCGCUCACCAUCAACAACGAGCGCGCUCAGUACAUCGAGUUCUCCAAACCCUUCAAGUACCAAGGCCUCACCAUCCUGGUGAAGAAGGAAAUCCCCCGCAGCACUCUGGACUCCUUCAUGCAGCCGUUCCAGAGCACACUGUGGCUGUUAGUCGGUCUGUCGGUCCAUGUGGUGGCAGUGAUGCUUUACCUAUUAGACCGGUUCAGCCCGUUUGGAAGGUUUAAAGUAAACAGUGAAGAAGAAGAAGAAGAUGCCCUCACCCUCUCCUCCGCCAUGUGGUUCUCAUGGGGAGUUCUGUUGAACUCUGGGAUCGGAGAAGGAGCUCCCAGGAGUUUCUCAGCGAGGAUUCUGGGUAUGGUGUGGGCAGGUUUCGCUAUGAUCAUCGUAGCGUCCUAUACUGCCAACCUGGCAGCCUUCCUGGUGUUGGACCGGCCUGAGGAGCGCAUCACUGGCAUCAACGACCCCAGGCUGCGUAACCCAUCGGAUAAGUUCAUCUACGCUACGGUGAAGCAGAGCUCAGUGGACAUCUACUUCCGGCGGCAGGUGGAGCUAAGCACCAUGUACCGGCACAUGGAGAAGCACAACUACGAGAGCGCGGCGGAGGCCAUCCAGGCCGUCAGGGACAAUCUGCUGCAUGCCUUCAUCUGGGACAGCGCUGUUCUGGAGUUCGAGGCCUCUCAGAAAUGUGACCUGGUGACGACUGGAGAACUUUUCUUCCGCUCUGGCUUUGGCAUCGGCAUGAGGAAAGACAGCCCCUGGAAACAGAACAUCUCCCUGGCUAUCCUCAGCUCUCAUGAGAACGGCUUCAUGGAGGAUCUGGAUAAGACGUGGGUUCGAUACCAGGAGUGUGACUCCAGGAGCAACGCGCCCGCUACGCUCACCUUCGAGAACAUGGCAGGUGUGUUCAUGCUGGUUGCCGGGGGCAUCGUUGCUGGGGUCUUCCUCAUCUUCAUCGAAAUUGCGUACAAGCGACACAAAGACGCUCGUAGGAAACAGAUGCAGCUCGCCUUCGCUGCUGUGAACGUGUGGAGGAAGAACCUGCAGCCGUACCCGACUGACAUCACUGGCCAGCUCAACCUAUCAGAUCCCUCCGUCAGCACCGUCGUCUGAGAGAGAUGGACACACACACACACAUGUACAGUCACUGACACACACAUAUAUACACACACACACACACACACAUAUUCAACACAGAUGGACACACUGAGCGUCCAUUGAGACAGGAAGUAGAAUAUGAUGGCAUCAGGAUUUCAGGACAGCAUCACACUGUGACACAAACACACUGACACACACACACUGACAUACACACGCACUGUGACACACACACACAUUCUGUGACACACACACACUGUGACACACACACACCAUCUGUCUCCCUAACCCUCUACUCUCUCGCUCUGCUCGUAGCCGUCCGCCUCCUCCCACCAGAGGGAUUUUAUUUUGAAAGAACAUGAACUUUUAUUUUGGUAGAUAUCUUUGUCGUCCUCCGACCUCCUGAAGCGCUGCGAUCACCUGCCGAUUGAUCGGGACCUUGUGGAUUGAUUAGGACCUUGUUGAUCGAUCGGGAUCUUUUGGAUCGAUCGGGACCUGGUCCCUGUUCAGAGAGGUAAAGCCUCUGGGACAGGAAGUACUUUAUGUAGCGUGCCGCCGAGGCUCAUGGGUAAUGUGUUGACAGACCGCUUUAUCAUUUCUGGGGAGUAUAAGAAGAAUUAGUAAAUGUUUAUAACACGGAGAGAUUUCUGCAUUCAUGAGGACGUUUAUUGAUCGGGAAGUAUUGACGAGUCAUUCUUCUUCUCUCGUUAAACCCAUCUAAGAUAUGACGUCAUGAGGUCCUCACGUCUGUGGUGUUAUAAACACUUUAUUAACCUUAUACUGCUUAGAAAUGUUAAAGAGCAUAAUCACAUGUUUAUAUUUUUAAUUUCUUGUUUAUUUAAACAGAAGAUUUUAAUUAAUUUAACAAAAGUUGCACAUUUGAAGUCAAAUCUUCAUUUCUUUUUAUUAUUUUUUAAUAAUUAUAUCUAAUAAUAAUAUCUAUAGUCACUGUGAUAUUAAUUCAAGUUUUUCAUGAAAAAAAUAAUUUUUAAACAGAUCAGAACCAGAUAUUUACUGCAGAAAUGGUUAAAUUAUUGUAAAGAAAAUUUAAAAUCCCAACAAUAACAUUGAGAUAUAUUUUAUAAACUGAAAUGCAUCAGAUUUAAAAGAAAUUCUUUCAGCUUUUUACAUUUUUAUGAUGACUUUUAUUUUGAAUUUGUGAAGUGACACAUAUUUUGAAAGGAACAGUUAUUACAUUCGGUGACAUAGAUUAAUUAUUUUUAUUAAUUAUAUUCUUUCCUUAUAUGUAUUCAUUUGAUUUACAUGAUGGUUCGAGAUGAUUUUAAACACUGCCAGGAAAAUGUUUUUUAUAUGUAUUUAACUGAUGAAUUCAUAUUUAACACAAUCAGAAUUGUACAUUUAGAAAAUACUCCCAUAACCAGAGGCUCCGCCCACUGACAACCCCAUGGCAUGAUGGGACAUGUAGUCUCUGCUGAUGACGUCAGACCCUUUUACCUCCAACCAUUAAGAGACGUCUUCUUAAAGUUUAUAUAUAAAAAAUUACAUUUAUCAAACUGAGCAUCACUGACAACAAGUAAACGUCUCGUCCCGAUCAGGUCAACAAUCGUACGUUUCACCACGUGGACAACAUUGAAUUAUUACAGAAAUAUCCCAAAUGACUUGUUUUUCAGAAAAAACAGAAGAUCAAUGCGGUUUACGCUCAGAUAGCAGCUAAUGCUAACAGGCUAGUUGUGUGUUAGCUGUCUCUGAACAACAUUUAUAAUAUAAAGAGACCUACUAGCUAACGCUGAAGCUCAGAUAGCAGAUAACAUGCUAAUUGUUUGUUAGCUGCCUCUGAAUAACAGUUAUAAUGUAAUGAGAGCUACUAGCUAAUGUUGAAGCUCAGAUAACAACUAAUGCUUACAGGCUAGUUCGAUCUUUAAAUGAAAACAUAAUUGAUGAAGACCAACAGAGCUAAUGCUAGUGGCUCACUAUCAGUGGCGGCUGGUGACAUUUUUUUGGGGGGGGGGGGCGCAGUUUAAAUAGCACUCAACAAUGAGAAGAAAAGAGGUUUUGAGUAGAAUAUUGUAAAAAACAAAGCUUUAUUUCAAGAACACAGCGUGCUCAACACUGUCCAAUAACAACUAUCAACACACUGUAACUUUGGGCAUGAGAGGUUCAGAGCAGCUCUAAGGAACAUUGGGUUGGGUUUCAGAGGUUUACAGAAUAAAAGAGUUUCACCCUCACAUGAAAGAGGUUCAGAGCAGAAUAGAGUCAGAAAGAGAUCACAUGUUACAUUGGGUGACAGAGUAGACCCACUACUGUAAAGAAAAGUAGCCCUCCUCUCUUUAAGGUGGUCAAACUUCUCAAUAACUCUCUGGUUAAAGUCAAUCAUGUCUGUAACCAGCCUGUUUCCAUUAUUCUUGAGGGAAUGUGUCUGUUUUUCAGAACUUCUUCGUUGUGUUUUCGAUGCCAGUUCGGUCUCCUUCUCCUGCUCUGCUCUGCAAACAGGGUUAGCUUCAUGCUGUUAGCUAGUUAGCUUCAUGCUUUUAGCUAGAUAACUGUGGCAAGAUUUGUGCUUUACACUUGUCUGCAGCUCUUUAGAUCCCUCACCCCGUUGUAGUCCAGAGAGUUUCAGUCCCAGGACUUUGGAACAACAGACAGGGGAAACUAAACAGCGCAUUACUCACUGAGCCUCCAGCUGACCAGCUCCGUUAGCAACCUGCUCGCGUAGCUCCGUGGAGCUCUCUGGCUGAGGGAAUGAUACCGGUCUCUGAUUGGCCGAAUAGUCCAGUCACGUGAAAUAAUAAAACAAUGUCAUUGGCCAGGGCGCACAUUUUUGUGGCCCAAGAUUCACGUUUCAUCCGCCAAUGAGAAGCCGUCCUUGCCGAAACAACUGAAAUGUUUACUCGCUCCCCGCACACACACGUUUGGCCGGUGUCCCGUAAAGGGGGCGGGGCUUCUCUCAGUGAUGAUGAGUGGCGAUAUAUUAUAUUUUUUCACAUUAAAUUAAGUGGUUGUUGACAGGCUGACGGUCUCCCACACACAUUUAGCGCGUCAACACGGUAUAUUUACUAUUUAAAUGAUUUGGCAUAUAAUGUUUUUGACAGAAUGUAUUUUUUUUUUCUUCUUCUUUUUUUUUCAUCUCAAAAUUUUAAGAGGGCCGGCGCCCUAGCGCCUUCUAUGGACGCACCGCCACUGCGCACUAUUGUUCCAGCUAACAGUACGAAUCUACAAAGAUGCAGCUGGUCUCAGGUCAGCCGAUCAAAAAUCGGCAUUGAUGAGCGUCUCCUUGUUGUCAGCCUGGAUCCAAUCAGUAAUCAAUGAGCUGAUAUUAUAUAUUAGUGCUGUGCGCCACCCGGGAACAUGAAUUAUGAAGCAUAAUAUUCAGUUUACUGUCUACAUUUACUCUUUGUGAUUUAUGUGUUUUAUUGUGAAGGUUUAUAAAUAUUAUUAUUACGAUUCAUGGACAACAUAGAAACAGGAUGUUUUAUUCUUGUUUUUAGUUCCUAAUGUUGUGAAAUGAUGCAUCAAUAAAUUAACGAACAACUGAUCUUUAUUUUCUAAACACAGAAUAUACACGUAGCAUUAUAUAUAUACUCAGACAAAGUGUUGAUGAUGUCAUUGUUGGGUUUUCUCUCACAUUUAAGCAUUUGUAUUAUUUUGUUGAUUUGUUUCAAACCAGAUUGGAAUAUUAAACUUCAGUAACCAGUGUGAUGAUGUCAUAGCGUGAUGUCAUAGUGUGAUGUCCUAGCAUGAUGUCAUAGUGUGGCGUCAUAGCGUGACAUCAGGUUGCUUCAUUUAUUUUUCUUUGUUCUGGUUGAACUUCCUGUUUGGGGAGUCGUGUUCCUGUUGUACAGAUGAUGAUGUCAUGAAUCUAUAAUUCUGUGUAAACUGGUCAGAGGUCAGUAGACGUGACCUCUGACCAGCCAUGGUCUUCCUGUUGGUUUUACCUACGACUGUCACUGGAACCCCAGACCAGAGACACUGGUCCCAGACCAGAAGACCCAGAUCAGAGAAACUGGCCUCAGACCAGAGAAACUGGCCUCAGACCAGAGGACCCAGACCAGAGACACUGUUCCCAGACCAGAGGCACUGGCCUCAGACCUGAGGACCCAGACUAGAGACACUGGACCCAGAUCAGAGUACCCAGACCAGAGAUUCUGGACCCAGACCAGAGGACCCAGACCAGAGACACUGGUCCAACACCACAAGAUCCAGACCAGAGACAUUGUUCCUAGACUAGAGGCACUAGUCCCAGACCAGAGACACUGUUCCCAGACUAGAGGCACUCGUCCCAGACCAGAGACACUAUUCCCAGAGAUGAGACACUGUUCCCAGACCAGAGACACUGUUCCCAGAGAUGAGACACUGUUCCCAGACCAGAGGACCCAGACCAGAGACACUGGUCCCAGACCAGAGGACCCAGACCAAAGGACCCAGACCAGAGACACUGGUCCCAGACCAGAGGACCCAGACCACGGACCCAGACCAAAGGACCCAGACCAGAGACACUGUUCCCAGACUAGAGACACUAGUCCCAGACCAGAGACACUGUUCCCAGACCAGAGGCACUAGUCCCAGACCAGAGACACUAUUCCCAGACCAAAGGACCCAGACCAGAGACACUGUUCCCAGACUAGAGGCACUAGUCCCAGACCAGAGACACUGUUCCCAGACCAGAGGCACUAGUCCCAGACCAGAGACACUAUUCCCAGACCAAAGGACCCAGACCAGAGACACUGUUCCCAGACUAGAGGCACUAGUCCCAGACCAGAGACACUGGUCCCAGACCAGAGGACCCAGACCACGGACCCAGACCAAAGGACCCAGACCAGAGACACUGUUCCCAGACUAGAGGCACUAGUCCCAGACCAGAGACACUGUUCCCAGACCAGAGGCACUAGUCCCAGACCAGAGACACUAUUCCCAGACCAGAGGACUCAGACCAGAGACACUGGUCCCAGACCAGAGGACCCAGACAGAAGACCCAGACCAGAGGACCCAGAUAGAGGACUAGUUAUUAGAAGUAAUAAAGUUCAUGUUGUAAUAACUAAACAUCUUGAAAACUGUUUCAGUAAUAAAUGAAUAUUUACUUCA